UUAAGGCAAGAGUUAAAUCUACUAUACCUUCGCCAAAAAAAAACAAGAGUUAAAUCUACUAUUAUUCUGUUUCUCUCAAUCACAAGCAGAAAGAGUUCAAGAGAAGCCAAAGUAGAUAUGAUGGUGGAGCAAAGGCUUGAUUUUAUCAGCAAUUUACCACGUGAAAUUCAGCAACAAAUCUUUUCAUUCAUCACUUUGAAAGAGGCCGUGAGAACUAGCAUUCUCUCAACUGCAUGGAAGAGCCUCUGGACACCAUUUGAAAUAAACUUGGGCUCUGAUUCAAAUCAAAGAACCAAUCAUGAAGCUUGCGAAAAGCUAACGCAAGCCAUGGCUAUUUUCUUGAGAUCUUGGAAUGGUCCAGAGCUAUGGAAGUUCAGUCUCAGCAUCCCCGAGAGAAAGAACGACGAUCUGAUCUUCUCAGCUAUCAAGGGAGCAGAGAAGGAGGUCCAUCUUGACUUCUCUGGAAGAAAACAAAUGAUAAGCAAUUUCAGUUUGAUAUUGGAGACAAUUUUUCCAACUACUUUGAAUCAACCUAUAGAUACAUCCAUGUUCUCUUCUCUCAGGACUCUGCAUCUGAGAUCACUAAACCACCUAGCCAAGAACUUGGUUUCAACUUUUUUCUCCAAUUGUCAGCUUCUUGAAAGCUUGAAGCUUGAGAAAUGCAAUGGACUACAAAGUAUAGAUAUCAAAUCAAACCGGUGUCUUCAGAGCUUCAUAAUAGUAGACUGUCCAGACAUGGUAUGUGUAACACUCUCUGCUUCUAAUCUCAAGUCCUUCUGGUACAGAGGAGUUCUUCCUCAAAUUCAUCUGGAAAACACUCCACAACUGAUCGAUGUGAUACUCGAUUUGGGAGAAGGUUUAGGCCUCAACGAGUUUGAUUGCGAGGAUGUUCUAAAUCUUCUAGCUUCUAUCAAGGACACUAAAUUUCUCACAAUAAGUGGCUGGCUUCUUGAGUGGCUAUGUGCAGCAGGAGUGAUUUAUGUAAAACUUGAAUUUAAAUUCAAUAAGUUAACGCAACUGUGCUGGAUUGGUUCGUCAAUGGACAGAACAAAGCGAAACUCGUUGGCUUGCUUCUUAAAGAUAUCACCUUUCUUGGAGAAGUUGUUAGUCAAUGUUGACAAAGGUUGCAUCUCCAUCCCAUGUCCAUUUUUCCACCAAUACUGGCAUGAGCCUCACUUGUGGAUGGAUUGUGAAACCAGUUCUAAUGCAUCACAGCUCAAACAACUAAAAAUUGUUAAGUUGACUGGUUUUACGAGCGAAGAUGAUCAGCUCUUGUUAAUGGAUCUUUUACUUAAGAAGGCAGCUAAUCUCAAGUCGAUGAUCGUAGCAUCACCAGAGAAUCAAUCAUGGCAUGUUUUUAAGAUCCCACAAAGUCAGCUAAAGCAGACAGCGAGGUGUUACUCAAAACAAAUUGGGAUUUCAUCUGCAAACAAGGAUUGCUUUUUUGGAUUGACAGAAGUGAGCAACAAUUAAUGGCUUAUCUCUGCAAAAGGGGUGGGGCUUGUAAUUUUGGGAUUUUACUAAAUUUUGAAUGUAAAAAAAUUGUAUUCCCACAGGGUAAAAAAGUAAAGAAAAAGAAACGCAAGUUUCUGUUUGUACAUAUUCAGCUACACCUAUUUUUUGUAAAAAUAAAAAUAAAAAUAAAAAUUUAUUUUAUUAUCUUUCA